AUGCAAGAGCUGGGCUCUCACUCCCACUCUGCCAUGUCCUCAUCAGGAAAAGCUGCCAUUUCCCCCUCCUGCCUCUCCUUUGAGUGCUUCGAUACCCUGACCAAGUCGUGCAUCAAGUGCUCUGACCUGUUCCAGGACAACACAACAGAGCCGACCCUGGCACCCACCGUGACCAGCACCUUCCUGAUCUUCGGGGUCCCAGUAGUGGUGGGGUUCAUCCUUGUUCUGGCUGCCAUUUGUGUCUUCCUGGCCUGCAAGGAGGGAAAGCAGAGGAGAAAGAGGAAGGCAGCAGAUGAAGAGGACAAAGAAAACAUAGACCUCGCCAGCCCCCUGCCCAGCCAGGACUCUGCCAUGCCAGAGGGAGAUGGUGCCCGGAACCCAACCCCAUGCCCGCAUCUUGUUGGGAGCCUGAAGAUGCCGGGGCCACCCAGGAAAGCCAGGGCAAAGCAGAGGCCGUGCUGCCAGGGCGAUGCUGAUGGCGACAUUGUUCUGCUCUCUGCUGUGUGCCCCCGGACUGAGGAAUGCAACCACAGCUUCCCGCUGCCUGCCACUGAGCUGGGGGCCACAGCGCUGGUCACCACCAAAACCACCCAGAACUGUGCCAGAGAGGAGAGAGUCUGAGGGCAAGGGGAAUGGAACACGAGUGCUCUGGCCAAUCCCUGUGGACACUGACAGCCUGUUCCUGGGAUGAGUGAAGCCUUCCAUGGGUAUGAGCUCUGUAAGGACCAGGUUUUGCCUUUAG